CUUUGUAAAAGCAGCUAAAAAGAAGCACGGUCUGCUGCUCUCCCGAAAUCCAGCGGCAAACUUCUAAACGGCUCUUAAGACCUCCCUCUCGUGAGGGCAACAGCUGCUGCUUCCCAGAGAUGAAUGAGGACGUUACAUCCACGGAGACCGCGUCCAAACACGGAAUUUAACCUCGUAUUCCUAAAUGUACUAACGCUGUAAUACAAACAAAAGCCCGGGGGAAAAAAAUAUCUCGGCAAGUUUUACAGCGAUAAAGAGGUCUUUUUUCCACCGAAACGGCUCGGUUUCGGUCACCCUAAAGCUAUACAUCAACUGCGCAGAACGCACGCGAUAGCUUUGCCUGGGUUUCCUCAAGUUUUUUCACAAAACUUGCAGCGUGGAGAUCCUCCCCCUGCUCUUUUUAUCCAGUAGCUCGGGGGUUAAAGUACCAUUCCAGACAGCAGCUAAUGAAUUCGCCGAGUCAAAGGAUUUUAAAGUAGACUAUUUUACGCGAAAGCCCCGCCGGCGCCGCCGCCCGCUCCCGACCCCCACCCGGGCCAAAGACGGCGGCUCCCGCGCAUCCGGUCCCUCCCUCUCUGGCGUCCGGCUGGAAACAGGGGGCGGGAGCGCCCGGCCCCGCUCCGCGCCCUUGGCAGGGGCAGCGCCCGCCGCGGCCAUGGCGGCUUGGCCCGCCGUCCCCCUCCUCAUCAACCUCGGCGGGUCGCUGCUGGGCUUCGCGGCCACCCUGACGCUGAUCCCGGCCUUCAAGGACCGCUUCCUCGCCGCCCGGCUCUUCGGCGAAGACCUCAACAAGGCCUCGCGGCGGCCCGUCCCCGAGGCGCAGGGCGUGAUCAGCGGGGCCGUGUUCCUCAUCAUCCUCUUCUGCUUCAUCCCCGUGCCCUUCCUGAGGUGCUUCGUGGAGGAGCAAUGCGCGGCCUUCCCUCACGACGAGUUCGUAGAGCUCAUCGGUUCUCUCCUCGCCAUCUGCUGCAUGAUUUUCCUGGGCUUUGCAGACGACGUGCUGAACCUGCCCUGGCGCCACAAGCUCCUUCUGCCCACCAUGGCUUCCCUCCCGCUGCUGAUGGUUUACUUCACCAGCUUCGGGAACACGACCAUCGUGGUGCCGAAGCCUUUCCGGGUGCUGCUGGGCAUGCAUUUGGACCUGGGUAUCCUCUACUACGUGUACAUGGGCAUGCUCGCCGUGUUCUGCACUAACGCCAUCAACAUUCUCGCUGGAAUUAACGGAAUCGAAGCGGGGCAGUCGCUGGUGAUAGCUGCUUCCAUUAUCGUAUUCAACGUUGUAGAGCUAAACGGGGAUUAUCGAGACGAUCACAUUUUUUCUCUCUACUUCAUGAUUCCUUUUUUUUUUACUACGCUGGGGCUGUUUUACCACAACUGGUACCCGUCUCGAGUGUUCGUCGGGGAUACCUUCUGCUACUUUGCCGGCAUGACCUUCGCCGUGGUGGGGAUCUUGGGGCACUUCAGCAAAACUAUGCUGCUUUUUUUCAUCCCGCAAGUGCUCAACUUCCUCUACUCGUUGCCCCAACUCUUCCACGUCAUUCCUUGUCCCCGUCACCGGCUGCCGAGGCUCAAUCCUAGUACAGGGAAGCUGGAGAUGAGCUACUCCAAAUUCAAAACUAAGAGCCUCUCUGCCCUGGGAACAUACAUUCUGAAGGCAGCAGAGAUCUUGCACAUAGUAAAUGUGAGGAGUGGAACGGAUGAAGAUGGCGAAUACACCGAGUGCAAUAAUAUGACGCUUAUUAACUUUGUUAUAAAGCUGAUCGGACCCACCCACGAGCGAAAUCUCACGCUCCUGUUGCUACUCAUUCAGGUCCUGGGCAGUACAAUUGCAUUUUCAAUCCGGUACCAACUAGUGCGCUUGUUUUAUGACGUCUGACUGGGCUGCCAGGAGCAGGGGAAAGACUUGUACCUGCCAGUUGAUUUUCUGCAGUCGUGACCAAAUGAUUCAACUGAUCUUACUCCAGCCCUCCGAGAACCUCAGGACACCUGCCAACAUGCGAGCAACUAGUCUGCGGGGGCCAGUCUUGAACUGUAAUCAUAUUUUGGGGAGGGGGGGGGGGGGG